ACUUUGAUCUAUCAUGAAUUAACUUCUAUCUUGCACCCCAACUGUUUGAUAAAUUGCGCAACAUAAGCUUUUUUGUUCGGUGCGAAUAUACACUUCAAUGUUCUUUCGGGUCAUUCUUCAGAGAAUUUCAACCCAGUGCACACCUGCAACUUCCUUCUCCACCGACGCCGGCGUUGUUUUCAGACGUGUUAGAAGCAUCACAAGUGGCGCCGCCGCAGGAAAUGCAAAUGGCGGUGGCGGGGGAGCGUCUAAAGAUGACUACUUCGCGACUAUUCAUCACAUAUCAAACAUUGUCCGGCGAGACAUCUACCUGGAGCGAACCCUUAACAAGAUGCGAAUCUCUACAAUCGUGAACUCGGAGCUCGUUUAUCGUGUUCUUCGCAGCUGCUCUCAACACGGAAUCGAAUCCUUCCGAUUCUUCAAUUGGGCGCGAACGCAGCACCCUCAGUAUGAUCCGACGACUGUGGAGUUCGAGGAGCUUCUCAAAACCCUAGCUCGAACCGCUCACUGGGAAACAAUGUGGAAGGUGAUUCAGCAGAUGAAAGCGCAAAAUGUGGAGGUUUCGCCCUCUAUGGCUUCUUUUAUAAUUGAGCAGUAUGGAAAGCAUGGCCUGAUUGAUCAGGCUGUUGAGCUUUUUAACCGCCUUAACAAUUUGAACUGCCUGCAAACCACUGAGGUUUAUAAUUCCCUGCUUUUUGCUCUCUGUGAGGUCAAGAAUUUCCAGGGAGCCUAUGCGUUGAUUCGUAGGAUGAUUCGAAAAGGCACUAAGCCAGACAAGAGGACAUAUUCUGUUCUUGUGAAUGGCUGGUGCUCCGCGGGGAAGAUGAGGGAGGCUCAGAGGUUUUUGGAGGAGAUGAGUCAGAAAGGGUUCAAUCCUCCUGUUCGAGGGCGAGAUCUUCUAAUUGAUGGUUUGUUGAGCGCGGGAUAUCUUGAAUCAGCUAAAGGAUUGGUGAGGAAGAUGACUAAAGAAGGGUUCAUACCUGAUGUGGAAACCUUCAAUUCUUUGGCAGAAGCAGUGUGCAAAUCCGGGGAGGCCGACUUCUGCAUUGAUCUUUUCCACGACGUUUGCAGGUUGGGGCUGUGCCCUGAUGUCGAGACAUACAAGAUCACCAUAGCUGCAGCUUCAAAGCUGGGGAGGAUGGAUGAUGCAUUCAGGAUUUUGCACAGGUGUAUCGAGGAUGGAAACCGGCCUUUUCCCAGCCUAUAUGCUCCAAUUCUGAAGGCCCUGUGUCGGAGAGGGCAGUUUGAUGAUGCGUUCAGUUUCUUCAGUGACGUGAAGGUGAAGGUGAAGGGGCAUCCUCCAAACAGGCCGGUUUACACGAUGCUGGUAAAGAUGUGUUGCCGUGGAGGGAGGUUUGUCGAGGCUGCUAAUUAUUUGGUGGAGAUGACUGAGGUGAAUCUGUUGCCAAUGUCUCAAAGCUUUGAUAUGGUUACUGAUGGAUUGAAGCACUGUGGGAAGCAUGAUCUGGCCAAAAGGAUAGAGCAGCUGGAGAUAUCCAUUAGGGGUGUUUGAAGAACUGUAUCCUAACAUAAAUUCUCAAUUCAAAGUGUCAUAGUUUGUGUACAUUUGCAUUAUACCAUUUUCUUUACCAUUUCAGACUGA